UGAAAAUUAAUUUUUACUAAGUUUUACUUAUUAUCAACAGUAAAAUGAAACCGAUUACCGAAAUGACAUUUUGGAUAGCGUGUUUUGCAUAUAUUGCUACUCCAAUAGAAACUGCAAGGAUCUUAGCAAUUAUUCCACUACCAUCUUAUAGUCACCAAAUUCCUUAUCGACUAUUAUGGACCACUUUAAGCCGGAGAGGACACGAAAUCAUCGUCUUAACAACUGAUCCAAUCAAUGACCCCAGUUUGACCAAUUUGACAGAAAUCAACUUUAAAUCGAAUUACAAACUAAUUAAAAAACUAAAUUUUAUUGAAUAUAUGGAGUAUAGCCAUACAUGGCUAGAUAUAUUACGCAAACAAUUAUGGCCGUUGUGUCAUGAAAUAACAGAAAACAUUUAUAAGCAUCCGGAAGUACGUAAGAUGUACGAACCGAAUAGUGAUACAAAAUUCGACGUAGUAAUUGUAGAAACUAUAAAAUCACCCAGCAUGUAUGCCUUAGCAUAUAGAUUUAACGCACCACUUAUAGGUGUUUCAACAUUUGGAUUGUACAAUCAUAACUAUUACCUACUCGGUGCACCUGUUCUGCCAUCACAUUCUUCGGCUUGGGAAAUGGAAGAUACCGUUUUUAAUCAAUCGUUGUGGCAGAGAAUUAAGAAUUUCAUUCGUCAAUGGUAUCACAUAUAUUGUACAUUAAAUCAUUAUUAUUCUAAGCAGCAAGCCAUAGCAGAAAAAUAUCUUGGAAAAAAUAUACCGGACAUAAGUGACAUCGAAAGAAAUAUAAGUUUUGUUUUCCACAAUCAACGAGAAACUCUUUCAUUUGUUAGACCACGUACACCAAAUGUUAUGUCAUUUGGAAAUUUUCAUAUUUCAAGAAAACCUAUAGCUUUACCAAAAAAUUUGAAUGAAUUUAUAACAGAUGCACCUAAUGGAUUUAUCUAUAUGAGUUUAGGCACAAAUGUUCGAUUCUCAUCAUUAUCGGAGCAUAUACAAAGCACAUUUCGAGAUGUAUUUGCAAGCUUGCCAUAUAAAAUCCUAUGGAAACAUGAUAGCGAAUUACCAAAUAAACCAGACAAUAUCUUUAUUGCUAAAUGGUUUCCUCAACAGAGCAUUCUCGCUCAUCCAAACAUUAAAUUAUUCAUAUAUCAAGGUGGUCUUCAAAGCACGGAAGAAGCUGUAUAUUAUACAGUACCACUCUUAGGAUUACCAGUUCUAGCUGAUCAGUAUAGUCAAAUUAAGAAAAUGGUAUCUUUAGGAGUUGCAAAAUAUUUAAAUAUUAUAGACAUAUCAAGAGAAAAUCUGAAUGAAUCUAUAAUAGAUAUUUUAUAUGAUGAAGGAUAUAAAAAAAGAAUGCUCAAAGUUAAAGCGCUUAAUGAAGAUAAGCCUUAUGAUAUACUAGAACAUGUCAUUUGGUGGAUUGAAUUCAUCAUUCGUCAUAAGGGUGCUUCUCAUCUUCGUACCAAUAUUGGUCAUGAUCCUUGGUAUCAAAGACACGAUAUGGACGUCAUAGCAAUUUUAUCAAUUAUCAUAUUUACAACAUUAAUUUGUACACUAGUAGCUAUUUAUAAAUUGUUAAAAAUCAUAUUUAAUCUUACAAAAAUAAUAGUAAUUACAAAGAAAAAGAUUGAUUAA